AGGGUGAGGCAGGGUGACAGCAAGGCACUAGCACCUGGACUUUGGGAUCAUUCCUUCCUGGCUUGCUAUAAAAGCUGCUGGUCUUCACCAGCUGGACACAAGCAUUGGCCGGUGGAUUUGCAGAUACACUCGCAAACUCAGGUCUAAGAACCAUGAAGGUCCUUGUUGUGCUCGUCCUUGCUGUCUUCAGCGGCUGUCAUGCCAACCUCUUCUACAGUGAUGCACCCAAGCCACAGAUGGAAGUGAUGGCUGAUGCUUUCUGGGACUAUGUUGCCAAAGCCACCGAGACAGCUGAUGACACCCUGCAGAUGAUCAGGAAGUCUCAGUUUGGACAGGAAGUCAGUGCCCGUCUGACGGAAAGUUCCGACCUCGCCAACACAUACGCCUUGAGCCUCCAGGAGCAGCUUCCCCCUUCAGCCUUGGACAUGAUCACCAAAGUCACCGUAGAGGCUGACAUGCUGAGAGAGCGUGUGAUCGCAGAGCUGGGCACUGUCCGGGAGCAGCUGGAGCCCUACACCGAGGACAUCAACGCCAAGAUCCAGCAGAGAGUGGAGCAGCUCAAGCAGGAGCUGGCCCCCUACGCAGACUCCGUGGACGUUGAGGCCCUGAGGACCACCCUGAUGCAGAAGAGCGAGGAGCUGAAGACCAGCCUGGAGCAGAGCGUGAAGGACCUGCAGGCUCAGCUGGGGCCCUACACCGAAGACCUGAAGCAGAAGGUGGACCAGCACCUGCAGGACUUCAAGGAGCGCGUGGCCCCGAUGACCGAGAGGGUGCAGAGCGAGCUGACUCAGAGAGCCCAGCAGGUGAAAGAGCUGGCCACCCCCUACGUUGAUGAUCUGAGGGAGAAGCUGGACCCCUACACCGAGGACUUCCAGGCUCGUCUCACCACCCUCUUCAACUCCUUUGUCAAAGCCAACUAAGGCAGAAACUGCAUCACCUUGUAUAGAAAUAUGACAACAUAAACUCACCGGUUUUGAAAUCUGAAGAGGUCUAUAGAUAUUUUUACAGUAUUACAAGUAGAUAAAUUGUAAAUAUUGAGUGUUGGUCUGUGACCACACAGUGUUCUCUCCCUAUAUGAUGCAAAUAAAGUGAAAGCCAAACAUAA